AAAAAUAAAAGCUGCCCAUUCUAAACUCCUCCACUUCCUCUCCCGUUCCCUUAACAUUACGCGCUUUCCUAUACGUCACAACCAGGUGGAGGAGAUUUCGAGGAAAUAGGCGAUAUCGAGAUUCGUCAUCGAGGGUUCUGGGUCAUCGAAUUGAUACAUCGUCGCACCGGUGCUCGGAGCCAAAUUAUCUAAUAAACGUCGAUCGCAGCCUCGUAGAAUGGAUAAACAGUUCCUCUCGCAGUCGUGAUACUCUAAAAUAGUGACGUGCUCGAUAGCACUGCUCUGCACCAAGUUUUUCACACCAUCUCGGCCGAUGACCGCGAGGUGAUCCUCGUGACAGUGGAGAAAAAAAUCGGCGCCGAUCGUCCGUCAUCCGUCGGGCAAGAAGAGGCCGAAGAAGAGGCAGAAGAAGCGAUAGAAAAAGAGAGGGGCGUCUUCGGGGUUUGGCGGCAGUGACAAUGCCAGUAUCUCGCGGGCUAGUUGGAGCCGAGGGCGACGACGAGAUCGAGAAGUGAGAGAGGACGAGCUCUGUGUGCCAGCCCUGGCCCCGGUCGAUCGCGUAGUGUCUAGUGCGACGAGAUGACGGGCGCGCGGAUGAGACCCGCGCUCGUCGUGGGUCUGCUGGCCAUCCUAGCUGUCGCCUUGCAAGGAGUGCAAAGCGAAGACGAGCUAGAACGGAUACCAUCCGAGGAUCUAUGUCGACCAUACAUCGAGAAGGCGCUCAAAGACAUCGGCACAGGAUCUUUAGAACAGACCAGUGCAGAGGUCGAAACCGAGGUUGACCAAGAGAGCCAUGAAGCAACACCUGCGAGCGAAGAAACUCCUGGUGAGACAGCAGACGACUCGAAAGAAGAGGAUGAGGUCAAGAACGAGGAAGGAUCGGUAGAGGAAGCUGCUGAAGCCGCUGCCGAGGAGAGCAAGGAAGAAGAAGCCGAUGCUACCGAAGAAAAAACGGAAGGAGAAUCCGAACAAGAAAAAGAUGAACAAAGUGAGGAAGCUGCAUCUGUCGAGAGUGUCGAAGUUAGCACUGCUCAAGAAGGAGAAGUAGAAGAAACAGAAGCGGCGUCCGCCGAGGCAACUGAAAGUGAUGGAGAGGCUGAUUCUUCCGAAAAGGUGACCACUGAAAGCGAAGAGAAAACCGAAGAAGAUGAGAAGCCCGACGAAGAGAAAUCUGACGAAGAAACAAAAGUAGAAGACGAAAAAUCCGAAGAGGAGAAAGUAGAUGACGAAGCGAAAUCCGAGGAAGAAAAAACCGAAACCGAAGAAGAAACUGAAGAAUCGAAAGCUGAAGACGAGGAAAAAGGAGACUCCAAAGAAGCCACGGAAGAAGUAGUCGAGUCAGAAGAAGAGACGGAAGCUCAGCAAACGUCUGCGGAAGCUAGCGUUGAAAAAGAGGCCGAAGAAACAGAGGAAGAAGCUGAUAGCAAAGCUGAAGAAACCGCCGAAUCGACUGAAGAGCAGACGGUGAGUGGUGAAGAUGAGAAAGGCGAGGAAGAAGCGCAGAGUGAAAGCGCCGAAACUCAGGAUGAAGAAAAAGAAAAGGAUAGUGCAGAAGAUUCUAAAGCAGCAGCAGACUCUAAAGAGGAAGUAGAAGAAGAAACGAAAUCAGAAGAAGAAACAAAAUCAGAAGAAGAAACGAAAUCAGAAGAAGAGACGAAAACAGAAGAAGAAACAAAAUCAGAAGAAGAAGCGGAGGCAAAAUCUGCUGAAGAAGAAGAAGAGAAAAGAUCUGUGGAAGAGGAAGUAAAAUCUGAAGAAGAGGCGAAAUCUGCAGAAGAAGCUUCUGCGGAAGAAAAAGAAGAAGCAAAAUCUGAGGAGGUAGAAGCAAAAUGCGCGGAAGGUGAAUGUAAGGAAGAAAAAUCAGCAGAAGAAGAGGGAAAAUCGGAAGAGCAAGAGACAAAAUCCGAGGGAGAAGAGACUGAAGAUGUAAAAAUACGUGGCAAACGAGAAGUUAGCGAGGAAGGAGGAGAUGAAUCUACGGAGGAAGUUGCUAGCGAAGAGGAGCAAGAACCCACUCCAGAAGAAGAUUUAAUUCAAGAAAUCGAAAUCCCGGAAAAUCUUCGACCGAGAGAUCACAUCAAUCAAUUGCUAAAACUGGAUGAGGAAAAUGCGAGGAGAGAACAAGCUAUCCAAAGAGAGGCCGAUAUCGUCCUCAGAGAUCUGAAGAGACUCUAUGAUAACGCUAUACAGCCGUUGGAAACCAUGUAUAAAUACAGAGAUUUGAGUAACAGGCAUUUCGGAGAUCCCGAAAUAUUUUCAAAGCCACUAGUGCUCUUCAUGGGUCCGUGGAGCGGCGGAAAAUCAUCCAUCAUCAAUUAUUUGCUCGACAUUGAGUACAAUCCGAUGUCCCUAAGGACAGGAGCCGAGCCAUCACCGGCGUACUUCAACAUAAUAAUGCACGGCGAGGAGGAAGAGGUUCUUGACGGCACUCAACUGGCCGCAGAUUGGACCUUCUCGGGGUUGCAGAAAUUUGGCCAGGGUCUAUUGGAUCGUCUCAGGGGCUUGCGACUUAACAAUAAGUUACUAGAAAAGGUAAACAUCGUCGAGAUACCGGGUAUCUUAGAGAUUCGCAAACAAGUUCAACGUUUAUUCCCUUUUAACGACGCAUGCCAAUGGUUCAUCGAUCGAGCGGAUAUAAUAUUUUUGGUUUACGAUCCCGCGAAAUUGGAUGUCGGGCCCGAAACCGAGGCGAUUCUUGAUCAGUUAAAGGGGAGAGAAUAUCAGACCCGCAUUAUUCUCAAUAAAGCCGAUCAGGUGAAGCCCGAGGAACUUAUGAGGGUGCAAGGCGCUCUAAUCUGGAAUAUAUCGCCGCUGAUGUCGAGUGCGGAACCACCGAUAAUGUACUCCACGUCGUUAUGGUCCAUACCUUACGAGGCUGGUGCACCCACCAGAUUGUUGUACGCUCAAGAACGCGCAUUCCUUCGCGAUCUACGUUCCGCGAUAAAUAAGAGGGUCGAACACAAAAUAGCGAGCGCCAGACGAUUCGCCGUUCGAGUGCGCAACCACGCGAAGAUGGUGGACUGCUACCUGACGACAUACUACAACCACAAGACGUUUUUCGGCAACAAGCGAGACAUCAGCGACAAGAUUAUCGAAAAUCCACAGGACUAUCAUAUCUACGAGGGUCUCAGCACUCUGACCAACAUAUCGCGUUAUGAUCUACCCGAUCCGGACGUCUAUCGCGACUUUUUCCGGCUGAAUGCGCUCUACGACUUCCCGCUGCUGAGCUCAACCUGCACGUAUUUCCGCGGCUGUCCGAUCAACAGGCUCGAUGUGUCAAUCGCUUAUGAUCUACCUGAACUGGUAGGCAAGUACAAGAAGUCGGUAGAAACCUUCUUGCAUGAAAGCGAGGGCAACAGUCCACCGAGUUGAGUGCGAGUCCGCAUUCUGGAAAAGAGUUCUUGAUACCAUGUGAAGUAUGGACACGUUAAACUCCGCUACACCGAAAGAAGAAAUUAGCAGCUUGCAGCCUUGGCGAUGCAAAAAUCAAGGAUCCUCGAUGAUGGCGAACUGGGAUGAAGAACGCAGUUUGACACUUGAAAUGGUACCGAGGACUCUCUUCCUGAAACUCAAGCAGCUGGAUCGCACUACCCUCGCGUAUCGUAUUCGAGGUGCUCCGAUGACAAAAAGUCGGUUCAUGAAAAAAAACCGUCAGUCACGAGAGGAAGAAUGAGAAAGAAAAAAAAAGAGAGAGAAAACGGACAGGAGCAGCAUGAUAAAGUAUCAUCGCGCGUCUCUAGAUCCAAAUUAGCCUCGUCUCUCUCGACAGAGGAAAGUGUGAGCAAAAUAUGAAGUGUGAUAUCACGGAUUCGGUACACCUUCUCAAGAGCAAGUGUGUUGUUGCUUGUGUCUGGUAAAACAAUGCGAGUGUUACCAUUCCGAUCCAAAAGCGGACAGUGAGAGUUCCCUACGAAUAUAUACAUAAUAUGUGUUCAGAUAUCGGUUCCUCUCUGUGAAAAAUUUCUAGACUUUGGUGCAACGGGUGAUCUGCGUCUUGCUUUUUUAAGUACUCGAUAAGGUUCGUGUAAAUCUCUCAGAGAUCUGUCAAUUUAUUUAAUUUUAAAUUUCAGAAUCUCUAAUUUAGAAGAUCGAUUCCCCCGUUUAAUUUUCUUUUCUUUUUUUCAAGAAAUUUCACAAUUCGACAUUUAUCUA